UAUAUACUUAAAAAAAAAAAAAUCAACAACAAAUGCAAACAAAAUGGCCGCUUCUAAUAUUACUGUAAGCGAUGACUUAGUUCAGCAAUACAUUAGUAUUACUGGUGCUGAUAAGACUAUUGCUUUAAACAUGUUGUUAGCAUUAAAUGGAAAUCUAGAAAUGGCUGUGAAUAUGUAUUUAGAAGGAUUAUGUGUACCAGAACCGUCUGAGUCUCUUUCACCUUCAUCUAACAGAUCCUCGUCAAAAUCUCAUUCAAAGAAGCUUAAAAACGAAAAUAUUACAAAAAAUGUACCUUAUGAACGAACUUCUUUUAAAGAAUAUUAUAAUUCUGAUGAUAAUGUACGUUCACCGAUUCCACAACAUCAAGAAGUUCUAGUUGAAGAUCCAUACCAUGCAAUACCUUCUCGUACAAGAAGACCUCAAACAUGCUCAGUAUUUGAUAAUUUCAGAGAUUUUAAAAAAGAAGCAGAUGAGCAAGAGUUACUGAUAAAUUCUCGAGGAGUUCCGCCUAAUAAAAAAACAAAACGUUUGCACGAGUUGUUCAAACCACCAAGAGAUAUUAUUUUUGUGGGAAACUUUCAAACGGCUAGAAGUUUUAGCAAAAGUCACUGUAGAUGGCUUCUUGUUAACGUACAAAAUAGCACUGAAUUUGCAUGCCAGAUUAUGAAUCGGGAUGUGUGGUCAAAUAAACUUGUUCGUGAAAUACUUAAAGAAAACUUUGUUUUGUGGCAGGUAGAUUAUGAAAGUGAUGAUGGAAUGCACUACAGUAACUUUUACAAUGUCCACACCUACCCUCAUUUGGCUGUUAUAGAUCCUCGAACAGGGGAACGGCUUUUUGUUUGGAAGAAUUUAGAAAUGAAGCCUACACCUGAUGAUUUUAUGGAGCAAGCAAUGCAGUUUUUGUCAGAUCAUUCAAAUUUAAGCGAAAGUUUUGAAUCUCCCUCAGAAAAAGAAGAAGGAAUUAUGGAAACAAGUGCAGACGAACUUGAAGCUGCUUUAGUAGCUUCAUUAAAUGCUCCUACUAAUGUGGUGUUAAGUGAUGUUUUAGAAAAAAAACAAGAAAAUCAUAAUAUUGUAAAAGAUAAUCAACAAAUAAAGGUUUCAAAGCCAACAGACAAGCCUGCUUUGCACUUCAAUAAAACUGAUAAUAUGGACGAUAAUGCUGAAAAUAUUACAAUUAUGUGUCGAUUGCCUAACAAUGAAAGAAAAGUUUUAUCUGUUUCUUUUCAUUCUACAAUUAAGCACCUUUCAGAAAAAGUUGCACAACUUGGUUGGCCUAUUGAACAAUAUGAACUUAUAAAAGCAUUUCCGAGACAAAAUAUUUCAGAGCUUGAUUGUCAGCUUAGUUUAAAGGAAGCUGGAUUACAUAAACAAGAAACCGUAUUUGUUCAAGAAAGAUAAUAUUAAAUUUAUUAAAUAA